AUGGCCAAAGCACGUGUCAAGAAGCGCACUCACCAGAAGCCGCAAAAUGCUUCCGCUGUAAAAGGCACCGCUGCCUCAAUGUCCAAGACUCCGAAGUCUAUGGUCAUUCGAGUCGGCGCUUCUCAAGUUGGUAGCAGUGUGACCCAGUUGGUGAAGGAUGUCCGUCGUAUGAUGGAGCCCGAUACAGCCGUGCGAUUGAAGGAACGCAAAUCCAACAGACUGCGAGAUUAUACUGUUAUGACCGGCCCUCUCGGUGUCACCCAUCUUAUGUUGUUUUCAAAGUCCGCAACCGGAAACACCAAUAUGCGACUCGCCGUUACGCCCCGUGGACCAACCCUUCACUUCAAGGUCGAGAACUAUUCGCUGUGCAAAGAUGUCGAGAGAUCCAUGAAGCGCCCAAGAAGUGGCGGACAGGAUCACAAGACACCGCCGUUGUUGGUCAUGAACAACUUCACUACGCCAGACGCGACCGAAGAUUCUAAGGUGCCCAAGCGUCUGGAGACCCUCACAACUACUAUCUUCCAAUCUCUCUUUCCUCCCAUCAACCCCCAAAGUCAGCCUUUGUCUUCCAUCCGCCGUGUCAUGCUGCUCAACCGAGAGCCCGCCGAAAAAGAUAACGAUUCAUAUAUCCUGACUCUACGCCAUUAUGCUAUCGCUACGAAGAAGACCGGUGUGUCGAAACGAAUCCGUCGCCUGGACCCCAAAGAGAUCCGCAACCGAGACAAGAAGAAGACUGCCGUUCCCAACCUCGGAAAGCUAGAGGAUGCGGCCGAUUACCUCCUCGACCCGUCUGCUGGAGGCUACACAUCAGCAAGCGAGACCGAGCUAGACACCGAUGCCGAGGUGGAAGUUGCUGAGAGCACGACCCGCCGAGUUCUCAACAAGCGGGAAAUGCAGCGCCAAAAGGCUGCAGAGAAGGGUCAGGACAAGCCGGCUCAUAUCACCGGCGUCGAGAAGCGAGCUGUGAAACUAGUGGAGUUGGGCCCCCGCAUGCGACUCCGCUUGAUGAAGGUUGAGGAUGGAGUCUGCGAUGGCAAGAUCAUGUGGCACGACUUCAUCACGAAAUCCGAGAAGGAGGUGCGGAAAUUGGACCAGAGCUGGGACGUUCGCAGAAAGGAGAAGGAGGCGCGGAAGAAGCUGCAGAAGGAGAACAUCGAGCGGAAGAGGCAGGAGAAGGCCAAGGCCAAGGCCAGUGGACAAAAAGUCGCUGAUGACGAUGAGGAUGAGGAGAUGGAUGAUGACGAGGAUUGGCUCAGCGAUGAUGACUUUGACAAAGAGGCUGAUGGUGAGGGUGAAGCUGAGGACGAUUCUGAAGCCGAUUCCGAUGAUUCUAUGUCGGAGUAA